AUGACUUCUGACAGAAUUACUCUACAGAAUACGGAGAAGAAACCAAACGAAAGUUUCAAGCAAUAUGCACAAAGAUGGAGAGAAGUGGCCAUCCAAGUUCAGCCGCCACUCUUGGAGAAAGAAACUAGAAUGCUCUUUAUUAAUACCUUAAAAGCUCCGUUCAUAACUCACAUGUUAGAAAGUGUUACAAGAAGUUUUGUAGAUGUGGUAAUGAUGGGAGAAAUGAUUGAGAAUGCCAUAAGAAAUGGAAGGAUAGAUGCAGGAGAAAGUGUUAAGAGGUCUGCCUCGAGGAAGAAAGAAAAUGAGGUGAACAAUGCAAACAUGAGGUAUUCAAAGUCUAUUACUGUAAGUCAACCAAAGGCGAUGACUGCUGGUCAGGGCUUAUCAAGGCAGGAAUCUGGAGCAAAGCAAAACAAUGAGAAGCUUCAAUUUACGCCAAUUCUAAUGACAUACAAAGAGUUAUAUCAAAGUUUGUUUGAUACGCAUAUGGUGACACCUUUUUAUUUAAAGCCAUUACAGCCUUUGUUCCCUAAAUGGUACGAUGCCAAUGCUCAAUAUAAGUAUCAUGUAGUGGUCGUAGGAUAUUCGAUAGAAAAUUACACUACUUUUAAGAAGCUGGUUGAGAGAUUUAUUCAGAUGGGCAUUGUGAAGUUCGAUAAUGCGCCCAAUACAGAAAAUCCACUACAUAAUCAUACUGAUAGUGGGGUAAAUACAAUAGAUAGAAGCAUGGGAAAAAGAAUCAAGGUGAAUAUUGCGGAAGUGAAAACUCCCUUGAAACGAGUUUGGAAGGAGAUGGCAAGAAGGAGGUUAGUUGCUUUGAAUUCAGAAGGAAGUGAUAAUUAUUGUGAGUUCCACCAUGAAGAGGGACACGAAAUUCAAGAAUGUGAAGAGUUCAGAACUGUUAUCCAAGGUCUGGUGGACAACAAUGAAAUAGAAUUUUAUAAGGAGGUUAAGGAGGAGGAGUAUAUAUGUGCGUCAGAAUCCAUGAUGAAUGUCCCAAAAGUUAAUCGUCCUGUGGUUAUUAUUUUACGUCCUAAGAAUGAAGCAGAAAUUCAGAUGACACCGAAAAUCAUAAUUCAGAAGCCAACGGUUUUUUCUUACAAAGAUAGCAAAAGGGUCCCUUGGAACUAUGAUCGUAAUGUGACAAUUCUGGGAAAGGAAAGUUCAGUCAGCCCGUUAAAGGAGGAUCAAAAUAUAGUUUCUCACACGUGCAGUGGAAGACGAUAUGAUUUGAAAAAUACCCGAACAGAGCCUGUAAAAGGAAAAGAUAUGAUAGUUGAACAAAAGAGGGGGAAAGCGGUCGAACUUGGGAUGCCUAUUAAUGAACCAGUAAAAGAAGAAGAAGUUAAGAAAUUCCUGAAAUUUCUGAAGCAUAGUGAGUACAGUAUGGUGGAACAAUUGCAUAAACAACUAGCCCACAUAUCCAUAUUGGCUUUGCUCUUAAGCUCAGAGGUACACUGA